AUGGAGUACUCUGGUAGCAGGGUGUACAUCUAUGGCGAGGGCGACGUCAAGGCGGAUGUCCUGCACACUUUGGGUUACAAUCAGUCCAUGAUCUUCUCGAACCAUCGCGGAGACCUCGACUGGCUCAUCGGCCUGUUGGUGGAGGACAAUGGUGGCGGACUAGGCUGUUGCAAGGCCAUCGUGAAGCAGGAACUCGUCUUCUUGCCCCUCUUCGGCUUUGCCUGGUGGUCGGCGGACUUCAUCUGCAUCAACAGGAACUGGCAGUCCGACAGGCGCAAGCUGGACGCUGGUUACCAGCGUCAGCACGAGUACAGACAAUGGGAUAUUCCCUACACGCUGACCAUCUUUCCGGAAGGCACUCGGCUGACACCGGAGAAGCUACGUGACAGCCAGGACUUUUGUGCAUCCAAGGGCUAUCCGAGGUUGGAAAACAGUCUAUGCCCGCGUGCAAAGGGAUUGUGGAGCGCGGUCAACGGGAUGCAACUGGACUGCGUAUAUGAUAUCACCGUGGUUCAAAGUGAGAAUGGAAAGGCCAACAUCCUGACGCUGGCCCAGGGCAUCCCAGCUGAGUUUCAUGUUCAUGUCCAGAAGCUGGAUCCGUCGGGCAUUCCAGUUGAAGAGGACACUUUCCAGAAGUGGAUUUUGGAACGAUGGUUGAGAAAAGAUGCGAAGCUUGCCAGGUUUGCCAAGGAUGGGCACUUGGGUGCAGACCAAGGACCUGAUGGGCGACACCUUCUGUCGGUUUCUCCAGCUUGUGGGCAGACUGUAGUCGGUGCGAUUGCGUGGUGGCUGCUGAGCACUGCUUGCUUCCUCUGUUUUUGUGUUUUGUCCGGACGAUAUCGUCUUCUCGCUGGGGUUGGCCUCGGUACUCUCCUGUUCGUGGUGCUGACUGCAGUUGUCGUACAUCAGGCCGGCAAGUGCUCUGCCUUGCUCCAACGUGGAUGGAUCAUGAUGGAUCUACACAUCACCACAGAACCUUUGAAUAUUUGCUCAUGUGCCAGCUGUGGUGUGCAUGCGGUACUGUUGGUACCGGAGGGGGGCCCAGCUCCGGCUCUGUAA